AGCAGUGUUCUACCACAAAGAAAAAGAAAACCAACUACAGAAGACUGAUAAAAGCAAGUGUUGUUGUGUUGUAUUGAGACAAGAAAAGAAGAGAGACAUGACUAAGUGGUGCAUCUUGGUGAUUCUUGCUCUUGCAGUGGUUGCAAGUGCCAGAACCAUUCCCAGCGACGCUGCUUUUGGGGACCAGAAGAACUUCCUCGGCUACGGUUUUUCAGGAGUUGGCAACAACGGGAUUCCCUUCGGAGGAAUUGGCUCGGGCUUUGACGGUAGCAUGGGUGGGCCUUCCGGGAUCGGUGGAUUGGGAGGAUUCGGCGGGCCUGGUGGGCUUGGCGGUCUCGGAGGCCCUGCCGAAGGCGAAGGGCCCGGCAUUCCUCUCCCUUGAGCUCACACUCCUUCUUUCUGUUUCUUACUUUCAGCUGCUAUUAUAUAUAGCCUGUAAUAGUCUUUCUUUUGUUUUAUUUCGUGACGAAAAUAAUUGUUCUGUGAGGUGUGUAACCAGUGUGUGUUAUGGUUCUUAGUUGUAUGGGAUGUUAUUUUCACUUUGAAUUAGAACAUGUAUGUUUUUUAACAUC